AUCUUAGGAACAUUAUAACCUUAGAAUAGCUGCUAGCCUCUGAAUAAUAGAUAACUUCCCUUUCGCGGGACAACUCGAUUUCUCACUCUUUUCUCUUCUUUCCACUGAAGCUGCGCUUCAAAUAAUACGACAUGGUCGUCUUAGCCGCAUCCAUCUGCACUCGAGGCGGGAAAGCUGUCCUUUCGAGGCAGUUUCGUGAGAUGCCCAGAUCGCGAAUCGAAGCACUUCUAGCAUCCUUCCCCAAGCUCGCCGAUUCCGGAACCCAGCACACGACCGUCGAGCAGGACAAUGUUCGCUUCGUCUACCAACCCCUCGACGAGCUCUACAUGGUUCUCAUUACCAACCGCCAGUCCAACAUCUUACAGGAUAUCGACUCCCUUCACCUAUUUGCCCAAGUGGUUACUAGCACGUGUAGGACCCUUGACGAGCGGGAGAUUGUUAAGAAUGCCUACGAACUUCUCAGCGCCUUCGAUGAAUUGGUCUCUCUCGGUUACAGGGAAAAUCUCACCAUCAGCCAGAUCAAGACCUUCUUAGAAAUGGAAAGUCACGAGGAGCGUAUCCAGGAGAUUAUCGCGCGAAAUAAGGAACUUGAAGCCACCGAGGAGCGUAAGCGAAAGGCUAAGCAACUGGAGCUGCAACGAAAAGAAUCCGCGAGGAGUGGCCGUCCUGGCGCGCCUCGAACGCCGGUGUACCCGACAUACACUCCCCCUACCCGACCCACGCCUGUAGAUACGUACGAUACUUACGAGGCUGAGAAGAACAAGACACAUAAGACAACCGUGAUGAAGGGCAAGGGAAUGCAGCUAGGCAAGAAGUCGAAAACAACAGAUAUGUUCGAGCGCGUCCGGGGGGACAUGGGAGCUGAAGUAGACGAGUCACCGCUAGUACCAUCCGCUCCCACCCCUGUUGCCGAACCCGCCGCUCCACGGAUUUCUUCCACAUUAGAUCGCGACGCAAUCCACGUCACUCUAAACGAGUCUAUUACUGCGAAGCUAUCGAGGGAAGGUUCGCUCAAUUCUUUGACUGUGACCGGCGACCUAAGUCUCAGAAUCUCGGAUCCUAGCUUAACUAAGAUCAAGCUCGAUCUUGCGGCGAACGCAUCCCACGGUGCUCAGUUCCGAACUCAUCCAAACGUUGACCGCGGCCUUUUCACAAGCUCGAAGGUCAUCCAGAUGAGCAAUGUAGCCCGUGGCUUCCCUGUCAACAAUGCCGUCGGCGUUCUGAGAUGGCGAGCUACGCCAAAAACGGAUGACACAAGUGCUUUGCCCAUUAGCUUCACGGUUUGGGUGAAUAAGGGAUCAGGAGGCAACUUUACGAUCACAGUCGAGUAUGAGCUCACAGGAGGUGACACUCUAAAGGAUGUUUCCGUGGUCAUCCCGUACGCUACAAGCGAACCGUCUGUGUCUAGUUUUGAUGCUACAUACGAAGUAUCGGGAGAUAGCCUCGAAUGGACUAUUGGUACAAUCAGUGACGAUAACCCCAAUGGCUCAUUUGAAUUCGAUGCUCAGGCGGAUGACGAAAAUGAGUUCUUCCCUAUGCAAGUACGGUUCUCGAAGACGACUCCUUUUAUUGACGUUGACGUUACGUCAGUGUCGUUGGUAGAAGAAAAUGAAGAGGUGACAUUCUCCAAAGAUAUCAGAUCGGUAGCUGAUUCGUAUUUGGUCGAGUAAAGGCACUUUUGGGUGGGUACUGACGAAUCAAGUAUGAGAUGACGGCCACUAAAAGGAGUUGUUAUGUGAUGUUAUAUAGAGCAAUGGUCUAAAUAGAGCAUGCUGCUAGUAAUGAAUUGUGAAUGCAUUGUGUUCUCUUCUUAA